AUGGAUACUAUAAAAUUCUAGAAUUUUAGACAAUAAUUACCAAUUCUAAUACAAACAUGUUAAGAAAUUAGUGAAGUAUUUGGAUUCACUUUGAGUGAAGCAUUAAUAUUAUUUCAUUAUUAUAAAUGGAAUGAUUAUGCAUUAAAUGAAGUUUUAGCAAGUCAAGAAGAUUAUGAUCAGAUAUUAAUUAAAAGUGGAGCUAAGUCUGCUACUUAAUAUAAUUUAGAGAAGAUUUGUCCUAUUUGUUAUUGCAAUUAAUCAGAAAUUAGUUUAAAUUGUGGUCAUUCUGCUUGCAAAUCCUGUUUUGAAUUAUAUUUAAGAGAUAAAUUAAAGAUGAGUUCUUUUAUUAAUUGUUUCUUUUUAGGUUGCACUUUAAAAAUACCAUAUUCUUUUUUUGAAGAACAUAAGGAUUAUCAAUAGAGUUAUCUAUUAAGAUUAAGUAAAGAUUAUAGAACUACUGUUAAAUGUUGUAAUAAUUAAGAGUGUGAAUUUUAUAUAUAAUCAUACGUAGAUAACAUUGUAGAAUGUCUAUGUGGAACUGUAUUUUGUGUGAAAUGUGAAUAAGGGGAUCAUCGUCUUUUGAAUUGUUAAUAAUGUGUUGAAUGGGUUAAAUUAUAUGAAGGAUCAAAUAAUAUUCUAGAUUUCAUAAAUCAUGGUAAGUUCUGUCCAAAGUGUAAUUAGUUUAUUGAAAAGGAUUUAGGAUGCAAUCAUAUGACUUGCAGAAAACCAUUAGGAUGUGGAUUUGAAUUUUGUUGGAUCUGUAUGGAUACUUGGUCCUCUCAUUCUAAAGAAACAGGAGGCUAUUAUAAAUGCAAUAAAUAUAAUGAUUAAUAGAUUGAAGAGAAGAAUAAGUUAAAAGCAGAUAAAUCAAAUGAAAAGAGAUUAAUAUUUUAUGCUAUAAGAUAUGCUGGACAUGAAAAAGGUUAAUAAAUUGCAUUGAAAAAGAAAAGAAGAUUUUUAGAUUUAGUAUCAAAGAUAUAAUUGGUUGAUUCUUAUAAAAUAUUAUUAAGGGAUAGUUAUAAUUAUAUUAUUUAGGCAAGAAUAUCUUUAAAAUGGACUUAUGUAUAUGCAUAUUUCUAAAAAAAAUAAAUGCCAAUAUUUGAAUUUGGAUAAGCUGAUUUUGAAAGAUAUUGUGAAAUAUUGCAUGAUUUGCUUGAAAAUGAGAUUUAUAAAAAAUUAAAAUCAAAGUAACCAAUAGAAUAAUAUCAUUAAAAAUUAUUAAAUAAUUACAAUUUAGCAAAAUAAGUAAAUAUAUUUAAUUACUUUAGUUUUAAACUAGAUUUCUGUCUGAAUUUAAAAAUCCAAAAUGA